AUGGCUGGCAUCGCCAAUCUAAGACCAGCUACUCGCCCGAGUAUCGUGGACAAUGUCUCUCUACGCAAUAUCAACCUUCACUUCCCAGCAGCCCCUGAUCCAUGGCAUCGCCCUGGCAAGUCUCAGCCAUGUACAGCAGCCGUGAAGCUCUCAUAUUCAUCCGCUGUCGCUGCAGCGAAUGCCGACGAUGUCUCGCUCUCCCUAGACUACGGCAAGCUCUAUCGCCGCAUUGAGACUGCGGUGCGUGAUUCUACAAAAUCCCAAGAUGGCGGUCGCCUGUCUGCAGCGGCAGAGGCCAUCGUCAGUAAUGACGUGCGGGUCAUUGCUGGACGGAUCGCAAAUUGCGGUCUGGGCCUGCUAGACGAAACUAUCGCCGGAGUGCGGAGAAUGGAUCAUCUCCAAGCUCAUCCCGAAUCUCCAAGUCGUAGACGUGCAAGUCAGGCCAGUCGGAGAUUAAGUGGCGUCUCCGCCUCCGUGCCUAAAGAACUCCAGAGUGCUACAUCCCCGGAGGUUCUGAAUGGGAUGUUUGGCGAAUGCGAGGUUUUACUACACUUGCCCAAUGCUCACCUGCGUGCAGAGGGAGGCUUGUCUUUCCGCACUCUCCAGACUUGGGUAUAUGCCGACGAUAGUGCUUCAUUGGAAAAUGCCGUGGAAAGCAGUAGACAGGUGGCAAUCGUGGAACAAGAAUUUCGCGUAGAGAGCAUCCGUUGUCACUGCAUCCUGGGUGUCAAUUCUCAUGAGAGAAUUGAAAAACAGGCUGUGAUCAUUACUUUGGAUUUCCGAGGCUCCGGAGAAGCUGCCUGGGCUUCGACAUUUUUGAAAACAUAUCAAGAGAUGGUCCGAACCAUAGCAGAGAGAGUGGAAAACACCUCUUAUCAAACAGUUGAGGCUCUCGCCACUUCUGUCGCGCGCACAGCUACGAUGGACUUUGGCAAUGAUUCCGUCACGGUCUUGGUGGAGAAGCCGAGUGCUUUGGCAUUUGUGGAGAGAGCGGGGGUGCAAAUCACCAGGUCGAAGGCGUUUUUUGCAGAGCAGGACUUUUCCAAAGCGCGAGGAGGGAUAUAG